UUUAUUUAGACAUCUCAAUCAGUCAACUUCUGUCAUGCGAUGCGGUCUUUGUGGCUCGGAAUUUUGACAUUUGUACUGGUUGCCUUUGGAGGGGCCAACAAGACUGAGAUGAAUCAUGUUGUGGAGCGGAUUUUCUCUCGUCAGAAGAGAUUUGUGUUAUUUCCAAAGGGAGCGAACUUGAAAUUUACUGGUUCAAUAAGUAAAGGUCUGCUGUCCCGCUUUCCAAAGGGUAUAUCGAUGAACAUGGAGCAGGCAUUGUACUACCCAGUGCCUUCGAGUCGUGAGGAUGUCUAUCCAAAACGUUUCCGACCCAGAACGACAACAACUCCCGCACCCAAAACGCCAACAGAGCCUACCUAUGUUUGGAUCGCAGGUACUGACUGGCGCUUUAAGGCAACACCAGUUAAGAAACCUAAUCCGAUAAGAUUACACCAACGCAUCGACUAUAGACCGCAAUCGCCGAGCUAUGUUGAUCCGGCAAAGUGGCAUCAUUGGUCCAAGUACGGACAGCGUUACGAGAAUUGGACGUCAGCACGACCGUAUUAUAAGAAGUAUAGCCAACCCGGAAAGUGGAGUAAGUGGACUACGCCAUCACCUAAUUGGAGCAACUAUGGCAAACGUUGGUACAGGUCCGUCGACUCAAAGGAAGAAGAUGAGCCUUAUGACCCCGAAAUAGCGCCCUAUGAAGCUAUUAGCUAUCCAGAUCUGGAACAUUUCACAGAUUGGCGGGAUUACCAUGGACAUCGCGAUCGUCGGCAUUUGUUUGACACAUUUGGCGGCUUUAGUAAGCUCCUCGGCAUCGAUACUAAAUCCUGCAUUCUACGCGCCAUUUGCGAUAGUAAGCGCUUGCUCCUGCCACCCGGCUACUCUAUGCUGCAGGACAUAGUGCGUCUGAUCUUUACAAUGCCUACCAUAUCGGGCAUGGAAGACGACUAUAGUCGAAUUAUGCGCAUGGACUCGGAGCAUUGUGAUCGAGUGUUUCGGGAUAAGUGCAGAUUGAACCUGUUGGCUUGGUUGCUGGAUGGCAAAUGGGGACAUUGAAUAAAACUGAAUUUGAUUUUUCAAGUUGGUAAUACUUUAUUGUAUAAAUGGUGCAUCCCAGAUGGAAUGCUUACACUCCGGAAAGAGCACUGCACAAUCAUUCUUA